UAAAUUAAGCGGUUAGUACCAGGCGGAGCUCAAACUGUCUGAAAUAAUGGCGUGGAACAUAGCUCUGCUGAUCUGCUGUCUCGUGGCAAUGGUUCGGAGUAAUCCCACGGAUGUGGACUGUUCUCGUCGUCAGGAUUUCAAUGACUGCUGUGCAUAUCCAACGUUUCGAUUUGAUGAGUUCAAAGCGCCAUGUGGUAAAUACAUGCCUGUUGGAGCUCCCAGAAUUUCACCCUGCCUGUAUGAAUGCAUAUUUAAUGCGACCAACACAUUUUUGGAUGGAGCUAUUAAUCCUGAUAAUGCGCGAAUGAUGCUAGAAAAACUCUUUGGCAAUAAUCACGAAUUUCUGGAAGCCUAUUACAAUGGUAUAAUGAGCUGUUCGGAUACUGUACAAGAGAUGAUGAACAACAGAAGAACCCGCCCCCAAAGUAAGACCGAACAGUGCUCACCAUUUGCAGUUUUCUAUGCAGUCUGUGCCCAGAAAUACGUAUUCAACCACUGCCCAUCAUCUAGCUGGUCCGGAAAGGAAUCAUGCGAAAUGGUCCGAUUGCAAAAUAUGAACUGUCCGAGAACCAUAUCAUCACGUGGUUCUGGUCAUCGAUUACUUUAACGCUUUAUGCGGUAAUAAAACUUAAAAUGAA